GYCGUUUAGAUUGUGUUUGCUAGUUUUCCGCGAAGUGGGCUUAUUUAUGAAGGUUUAAGAAAUAUUAGUGUUCAUUCUACGAUCUAUCAUUGAGAACCGAGCAAUAAUUUGUUUAAUAAGUGUAGUAUGGGAUAAAAAUAAGAAUUGUUGAAGCAGUUGUCAUCACAUAUAACAAUGAGAAUUAAUAGAUAACAAAUUGCAAAUCCUGAUUGUUUACCUAAUAAUUAAGAGCCAGAGCUGAGUGGACGCACUCUGAAUUUUUCUCUUCGCUUAACCAAAAUAAUCUACUGCUUGUGAAGAAAUUUUUUUUAAGUCUGGGAUAGUUUAAAGAAAAAAUUAAAAAAUAAAAUGUGUUGUGAAGCUUGUAGCGUCACUCAGCGAAAAGGAUGGGUUUUUGGCUUUGGCACUUUCUUCACCGCUAUCGGCAUCGCUCUGCUUAUAUUUUGGAACGGCAUCGCAGAUAAUAUUAUGAAAAAAAAUUUGGUAAUUAAAGCUGGUACAGAAGGCUAUAAUAAUUGGGUGGAAGCACCCAUUCCAAUUUAUUUGGAAUUUCAUCUGUUUAACUGGAGUAAUCCUGACGAGAUAAGAAACCCGAAUGUCAAACCGCAUUUUGUGGAAAUGGGACCAUAUGUUUUUCUUGAGAAGCACUUGAAGCAAAAUAUUACGUUUUUCGAAAACAAUACAGUGUCAUACUUUCAAAAGCGAACCUGGUUUUUCGAUGAGCAGCGAUCUAGUGGUUCUUUGGAUGACAUGGUAACAGCUGCUCAUGUGAUUACAGCGACUGUUGCUGAUCAGAUGAGACAUAGAAACAAAAUGAUCAAAAAAGCGGUUAAUUUCAUGCUGAAUCAUGAGGGCGGCGAGCUGUACACAACAAAAACAGUGCGCGAGUGGAUCUUUGAAGGAUACAAGGAUAGGCUUAUCGAUUUUUUAAACCUUUUCAAUACAACAAAAAUAAAGAUACCAUACACUCGCUUUGGUUGGUUAGUUGACCGCAAUGGUUCGGCCGAAUAUGACGGUCUAUUCACAAUACAUACUGGUGUCGAUGAUAUGGCUAAUUUGGGUCGCUUGACACAUUGGAAUAUGAAGAAUGAGACUGACUUUUAUGAUGCACCAUGUGGCACCGUUAAUGGCAGCACCGGCGAUUUAUUCCCACCGCAUUUAAGUUCUAAGCAAGAAAUCACGAUCUUUGCGACUGAUGCGUGCCGUUACUUGAACUUGGCGCCAAAUGGUACUGUAGAAAAAUACGGCAUWACAGCAUAUAAUUGGGUAGGAACGACGGAGACGCUUGAUUCUGGUGAAAAUUAUCCAAAUCAGAAAUGUUUUUGCGACCCGAACGUCGAAGAAUGCCCGAAAACCGGCGUUGUGGAGUGUAAAAAAUGCCGGAAUAAUGCACCAAUUUAUGCCUCUUUUCCACACUUUCAUUUGGCUGAUCGUAGCUAUCUAGACGCAAUAUCAGGGUUAGAACCGGACUCGAAUAAGCACAGUUUUAACUUAGCAAUAGAACCAACCACUGGCAUACCGCUGCAAGUAAAUGGACGUCUACAAAUCAACAUGAUGAUCGAACCUGAUAAUGACUUCGACAUUUAUCGUGGUCUACCCAAAUUUCUGAUGCCCAUGUUUUGGUUCAAUCAAAUAGCUGUAUUAGAUGAGAAAUUAGCCAGCCGAACGAAGCUUGUUAUGAAUUUGGGAGAUUAUGGGUUCUAUACCGGAAUUGUUUUAAUAACAAUUGGAGCCAUAUUCUUUAUUGUUGCUAUAGUUUUGACAUUGACUAAGCGAUGGAAACGCACACCGAUUGAUGAUGAUGAGGACAUGCUUACGACAUAGGUAGUCGAUUAUCAAAAGUAUAAAUUAAAUGAAAAACUGGUAUAACUAGUUUUAUAGUAUCUUCUAUUGUACAAAGUCAUGUUAACAGGAGCCAAAGUGGCAGCAGUUAUUCCGGCUGCGAAAACGUCUGUGAAUAUAUGCAUGCUAUACUUAUAACAAUUAACUUUGCAAUUAUAUUAAAUCGGCUGCAUUUCUAUUUAUACUUGUAGAACUUUAAAUUAUGUUUUAGAAAACGCUGAGUUAUGGUUAUAUAUUUUUUUAAUAUGCAAUAAAUAUUAUAUGAUGUUA